AUGGCUGGCCUACCGCAUAACAAGGUGGCCAUGGACCCGGCCCUGGUCAAGCUCGGGAACAUGAUCACGAACCGGUACAAGUACUUCAGGUGGACCAAGCGGACGGCAGGCAUCACGUUUAUGUACGUCUUUGUGGUACCAAGCAUCAUCGGGUACUUGGGAUAUAAGACCGAUGGCCUCUGGGACUUGCGAGCGAAGCGAAGGGGCGACAUCAUUUCCGAGCGCUAA